AUGGCCGGCGGUGGCUUUGUUCCUGGUCCUGGUGACGGAAAGGAAUAUCCCGGCAACCUUACUCUAUAUGUUACUGUAGCAUGCAUUGUUGCAGCCAUGGGUGGCUUGAUCUUUGGCUAUGACAUCGGGAUUUCCGGUGGAGUGACAUCUAUGGACUCGUUCUUGGAGAAGUUCUUUCCAUCUGUGUAUAUAAAGCACAAGGCCGACAAUACGACGAAUCAGUACUGCAUAUUCGAUAGCGAGACACUGACAAUGUUCACUUCGUCGCUGUACUUGGCUGCACUUCUGUCAUCUCUGGUGGCGUCCACGGUGACGAGAAGAUUGGGACGAAAAUUGUCGAUGCUAUUCGGAGGUGUUCUAUUUUGUGCUGGAGCUUUCGUCAAUGGCUUUGCUCAAGCUGUUUGGAUGUUGAUUGUUGGUCGUAUUCUGCUCGGUUUUGGUAUUGGAUUCGCCAAUCAGUCUGUACCACUCUACCUCUCUGAGAUGGCCCCUUAUAAGUACAGAGGAGCACUCAACAUUGGCUUUCAAUUAUCAAUCACAAUCGGCAUACUUGUAGCCAAUGUGUUGAACUACUUCUUUGCUAAGAUCAAAGGUGGUUGGGGAUGGCGUUUGAGCUUAGGGGGUGCUGUAGUCCCUGCGCUCAUUAUCACAAUCGGAUCGCUAGUCCUCCCUGAGACACCAAACUCCAUGAUUGAGCGUGGCAAAACUGAACAAGCAAAAUCUAAACUGAAAAAAAUUCGUGGUAUUGACAAUGUUGAUGAGGAGUUAAAUGAUCUGAUUGUGGCGAGUGAGGAAUCUAAGAAGGUGGCACAUCCAUGGAGAAAUCUGUUGCAGAGAAAGUAUAGGCCUCACCUCACAAUGGCCAUCCUUAUUCCCUUCUUUCAGCAACUUACUGGCAUCAAUGUGAUCAUGUUCUACGCUCCGGUUUUGUUCAAAACCAUUGGUUUUGGUACUGAUGCUUCACUCAUGUCUGCUGUGAUCACUGGUAGUGUAAAUGUUAUUGCAACCUUGGUUUCGAUUUAUGGUGUUGACAAAUGGGGUAGGAGAUUUCUCUUCCUUGAAGGUGGUGCUCAAAUGCUCAUUUGCCAGAUUGUUGUUGCAAUUUGCAUUGCUGUAAAAUUUGGAGUAGAUGGGAACCCUGGUGAAUUGCCCAAGUGGUAUGCAAUCGUUGUGGUGCUGUUCAUAUGCAUCUAUGUUGCCGGAUUUGCGUGGUCAUGGGGGCCUCUAGGUUGGUUAGUGCCUAGUGAAAUUUUCCCUCUUGAAAUCCGGUCUGCAGCGCAGAGUUUGAAUGUUUCAGUGAACAUGAUCUUCACAUUUGCUGUUGCUCAAGCGUUCCUAGCAAUGCUCUGCCACUUGAAGUUCGGUUUGUUUAUCUUCUUUGCAUUUUUCGUGGUGGUGAUGACCAUAUUUGUGUUCAUAUUCUUGCCGGAGACUAAGGGCAUCCCUAUUGAAGAAAUGUCCAUUGUAUGGAAGCAACACUGGUUUUGGUCCAGGUUCAUGACUGAUGUUGAUUAUCCUUUUCAUGGAGGCAUUGAAAUGGGCAAGGGUCCUCAUGUCGUUCAUUUAUCUGACUCAGACAGUUCAGAUAAUGAAGAUAGUGAAGUUCAUGAUGAAAAUGUUGAAGAGGAUGAAAAGGACGAUGAAAGACUGAAGAAGAUGGUCAUGGAAACCAUUGAGAACAAACAGGCAAUCAAUAAGCUAGCAAAAGAGCUUAUCCAAGCAAAAGAAGAGAAUGAAGAUUUCAAGAAACAAAUUGCUGAAAGCAAAAGGAAGGCUAUUGAAAGCAAGUCUGUCAUCAUUGAGCUUGAGAAACAGAUCAUCAUUCUUGAGGAUAAGGAUAUUGCUUAUAUUCUUGGCCUUCCGGAAAAUCGUCAAUUGACAGGACAAACUCUGCCUUUGACAAUUACAGGCCCUGAUUUUUCCCGGAUCGCACUAAAGAUCUAUGAAGCUGUGUUCUUCAACUUGUUUGCUAUGGCAAAUAUGGGUUACUUCGGGAAGAAGGAUGAAUUGACACUGGAGCGGGCUCAAGUAUUGUAUUUUCUUGCCAACAAUCAAAAUAUUUUGCUUGACCACUCUAUUCUGCAGCUUAUCAUUGCUCAUUACAAAAAAAAUUCCUUCAAGUACUCUUCUCCAUUUCCAAUGAUAAUAAUGGAAAUUCUGAAAACAAAGAAUGUGUCGAUUCCUCCAAAGGCUAAUCAUAAGCCUAUCAUGACUGAGUUAGACCCUCAUGCUUUGAACAAAUCAAAAACUGCUCUGGAGAAUGCUAGAAAGGCGAGGAGAUCUGUUGAUGAGGAACCGUCAUAA